AUGAGAUCAACGAUUAUUGCUGACAACAUCACCCCUGAAGACAUGAAGGCAAGGGCUAUGAUUUUCAUCAGGAAACAUAUGGAAGAAGCACUCAAGGUGGAAUAUUUAGCUGAAGAAGACCCACGAUCUCUUUGGGUCGCUCUAGAAGAGCGAUUCAACCACCAAAGGGCCAUCUACUUGCCGGAAGCAAGGCACGAUUGGCAGAACAUACGUUUCCAAGAUUUCAAGACUGUCAAUGAGUAUAACUCUGAAAUCUGCCGGAUUCGGUCACUCCUAAAAUUCUGUGGAGAAGAGCUCACAGAAGCCGACCUACUGGAGAAAACUUUCUCCACCUUCCCACCUUCCUGUAUGGUCCUGCAGCAACAAUACAGGGAAAGAAACUUUGCUAGAUUCUCCGAAUUAAUCACCAUCCUGUUGCUCGCUGAAAAGAACAACAACCUACUUCUGAGGAAUGAUCAAGCAAGGCCCACCGGUACUAGAGCAAUUCCUUUGCCUGAAGCAAAUACUAUUGCCCAUCACGAAAAUAAUCGUGGAAGGAGGAACCGGGGCCGUGGAAGGGGAAGAAGGUCUGAACGUCCAAGGCAUGGAAGGAGAAAUGGGCCCAGAAAUGGCCCAUAUGAUCGUGACCACCCAGGCAAUGGCCCAAGGGGUCGAGGAGGACGUGGACAAGGCCCACGUGGUGGAAACCGAAAUGGCCAAGUCCGACAAGCUCAAAUUAGAGAGAACCCUGGUCCGGCCCGUCGCCCUCAAAAUCAGCAUAAUCUAUGUUAUAGAUGUGGAGGCACUGACCAUUGGUCCCGCACCUGUCGUGCAACAGAUGAAGAGAUAGGAGAGUAUCACGCCAGACGCGGAACUCGAGAGGCCAACCUUGUGGAAGAGUCAGUCCCUAUGGAUACCACCUUGGAGAUUACUGAUUUCCAAGCAGCCAAUGGAUACAUCGAGGAUUGA